UCUCUCCCCAGUGAGGUCCCUCUUGGCGCCUGCCAGUGGCCGCUUGAGGAUGGAUGAGGACGGGCUGCCCCUCGUAGGCUCCGGCAUCGACCUGACCAAGGUUCCUGCCAUCCAGCAGAAGAGAACAGUGGCAUUUCUAAACCAGUUUGUGGUUCACACAGUUCAGUUCCUUAACCGAUUUUCCACUGUUUGUGAAGAGAAAUUGUCAGCACUUUCCCUCCGUAUUCAGCAGAUUGAAACUACACUGAAUAUCUUGGAUGCAAAGUUGUCUUCUAUACCUGGGCUAGAAGACGUCAAGUUUGAAGUAUCCAGCACCAGUGUCAACAGCGUUACGAAUGGCCCUGUCCCACAAGUCUCAGUAGAUCCACAGUCAACAAAUGUAUCUCCUCAGCUGGAGCAGAGCACCGGUCAUGAGAUGGCACAACAGAAGACAGAAGGAGCCACAGAAAAUAUCAUCACAGUAGCAAAGGAUCCCCGCUAUGCAAGAUAUCUCAAAAUGGUUCAAGUGGGUGUUCCUGUAAUGGCAAUAAGAAACAAAAUGAUUUCUGAAGGAUUGAACCCGGAUCUUCUUGAGACACCAGAUGCUGCAGUGCCUACCUGGGGAGGGGAGGCAAAUGCAGAAGACAGUUCUGACAGUGAAUCCUCAUUUAGUGACUGACAGCGCUGAUCCAGGUGCAUUUUUCCUUAAGAGCCCUCUUCGCAAGUGCUUGUGUACAAAACUUAAAUCUGAAAGAUUUCCUGAUAGCUUGAGCCAUAGAAAGUAUUCGUCUUUAAAGGAAUUGCUACUUUGCACUGGGGUCUUUGCCUCGUCUUCCUCAGAGUUUUGAAUGAAGGCCCAGUCUGUCCUGAAGGGACUGACAAGAUGUGCUGUUACUUACGACAUGAUGGCCCUGAUCUAUUGUUCCAAGGAAGCUCAGGGUAAACUUGGGGCAGGUGGGAGAGUAAGUAGACCAUGCAAGCACGGCAGGUGGGAACAGGUGUACUAGCUCUGUCACUUUCACCCUCCACAAGUUCUGCGGAUGACCAACUCUAGCGGGGAGCCUCCUGCAUUUGUGUACAUUCCCUGUGCCACAUAGAACCCUGAUCUUCCUACUUCCUACACUGCAAGGAGAUGGGUGCCCCUCAUUCAUGGAGGGGGAUCAGGACAGGGGAGGGCAGAGCUAGCGUGCUCAUUCUUGCUCUCUCCACUGGCUUUUCUGCUUAUUUGCGAGUAAGGCACCCGAGAACAGCUUUGCAUUUCUGAUGAAGCCAAGGUGUUUCUUUGGACAAUACUGAUAGCCUUUUAGAUUACCUCUUUAUGACUGGAUUCCACUACCCCUCCCUUCCUGGCAACUGUCUAUAUUCAGAAUGCUGCUCAUGCUGUUUCCUACACAGCUUUUCUUUUUAAUCCUCCAGUAUCGAAUGAGAAUUGAAAGCACCAAUUGCUUGCUGCAUUGGGAUAAGCACAAAUAAUUCUAUUUGUCCCAGUGGUCUAAGACCUCUGGGUACGAAGGGCAGUGACAGAAAGACUGAGGGUGGAAGACGGUGGCUCUUUCCACAAGCAUCUCACACAAAUCACACGCCAUUGCUGCUACACCCCGCCCAAGUUUUUUUCCAGUGGAGAUCCUGUAUUAGGCACGUGCAAAUCUUAAGGUAGCUCAGUCGCAAAAUUUUGCGUAAUGUAUCACUGCCAUCAUAGUCAGCAAGCGACUUCUGUGAGUUAUAUCUUGUUUAGAAUGUCACUCGUAAUUAUUAUAGUGCACUCAAGAAAUAAAGGUCCAGGUUAUUUAGGAGAGUAGAGCUUUAAAUUCUGAUGGGUAAGAAAGUUAUUUUCUGAUAAGGUUUUUUAAUGCAAUAGCAAAGACUUCCAUGGCUUACAAUUUUGAAAGAUAGACACAACUAGCAAGGAGAUUAUCUUGUUUUCAAAAGCUUAUUCAGAAAAGCAACACUCACAGAAACUGAGACCUACCAUUUAUUUCAAAGCAUGAGUUGCCUUAUAUUUGAUCAAAAUGCAAUGCUGCAAAAUUACAAGACUGCAUAAACUUUCAGAGGUCUUUUUUUGUGCAAGAUUGGCUUGCAUCGCUGCCUGGUGAAUUUCACUAGUGAUGUUAAGGACCACUUCACUUUAUGAAUUUAGAGCAUUUCUUAAUACUCAAAAAAGAACGCUAAUGCCCUUCCACCCCAUAUAUGCAUAGCAGGGAUCUGCAGUUGUCCGUGACUUCCCAGUGUGGCGUAGAGAGGUGUAAAGUGGCCCUCAGCUUUUGUCCUUCAACUUUUCUCCCAGCCCACCAGUGUUUUCUCAUACUGCCAUUCUGAAUUUGCUGCACAUGUGCUAGCGCCCUUGUGCUUUCAGCAAAUGCCAGGAUAGCCAUUUAUACAUCAACAUCAGAUCUGAGUAUGAGCCAAGAAAGGCCGGGGAUGCACACGCCUCUUGGUUAGGAGAGUUCUGGCUGCAGGCGUGAAGCAGAAUCUCAUGCAAUUCUUCUGAUUGGAACAAGACAUUCCGGGACAUUUGUUUUUUCCGAAAAUAUUUCAGAGUAGAUCAAGACAUUUUGUUUCAAGCAACAAAUCUAAGAUGUAACCUUUGUCUAGGUCUUUAUUAACCUGGUCUUCAGCAAAAUGCAACUAGUAUUAACAGUGUCUGCUUUGUCAGCCAUAAAUAAUCAAUCAAAUACUAUUUACCAUGCUGCCUAAUAACACAUAUUAUAUACUACAACACUCAGAAAUGGAUUCUGUAUAUUUGAAAAACACGCAUCUAUAAUUAAAAUUAUGUUUUGUAAGCAAAUGUUUGAUUCUUUGUGCAACGUGUAGAUAAAAUUGCAUGUUUUGAUGCA